AUGUCCCUCUUCCAGGCUGUGCAGCUCCGGGCCCGCUGGACUGAUCGAGCAUCACAGAAGUACCCUCUGCAGAGUCUAUUGCAGUGCUUCCAAUGUGACAGACAAGAUGAACAUAUUUCCUAUGGUGGGUUGGGGGUAGCAGUACCACCAUUCGGCUGCUCAUUCAGUGCAGCAGCGAAUAUACCCCACGUGCUUGCCGUGGCCAAUGAAGAAGGAAUAGUCAAGCUGUAUGACACAGAGUGUCGAGACACAGAAAGACAAAUCCUGAAAGAUUGGCAAGCCCACACUAAUGCAGUCUUUGAUCUUGCUUGGGUGCCAGGAGAGCAUAAAUUGGUUACAGCUUCAGGAGACCAGACUGCUAAGCUGUUUGAUGUUAAGGCUGGAGAACUGAUUGGAGAAUGUAGAGGCCACCAGGGCAGCCUAAAGUCUGUUUCUUUCUCUAAGUUUGAAAAAGCUGUGUUCUGCACUGGAAGCAGAGAUGGAAAUGUUAUGGUCUGGGAUACUCGAUGCAACAAGAAAGAUGGUUUUUAUAGGCACGUGAAACAUAUUACAGGAGCUCACAAUGCACCAGAUAAACAAACCCCACUGAAGAUGAUGAAGAAGAAGAAACCAGUUGCCAGAGGACUUGCCCCUUCUGUGGACUCCCAGCAGAGUGUGACUGUGGUAAUCUUUCAGGAUGAGCACACAAUCAUAUCGGCAGGAGCUGUGGAUGGGAUAAUCAAAAUGUGGGAUUUGAGAAAGAAUUACACAGCUUACCGACAGGAUCCGAUAUCAGCAAAAUCCUUUCCAUACCCUGGGAGCAGUACACGGAAACUUGGGUAUUCCAGUCUGGUUCUGGAUUCCACUGGUUCUAACCUAUUUGCCAGCUGCACUGAUGAUAACGUUUACAUGUUUAAUGUCACUGGAUUAAAGAAUGACCCCGUGUCUGUCUUCAGUGGGCACCUGAACUCUACCUUCUACAUUAAGUCCAGUCUCAGUCCUGAUGGUCAGUUCCUGCUCUGUGGCUCCAGUGAUCACAGUGCUUACAUUUGGCAGGUUGUCACAUGCUCUGAUGAUAACACUGUGAGGCUUUGGCGGUUGAAGAGGAGCUGCAGCAAGAGCAACGAAGAUGAGCGAGGAAACUGUGUUGGUUGGGCACGUCAGAAGAUCAAUUGUACUCCUAUAGGCAAGUGCUCCAGAAUAUGUACACCUGCUAAAUCGUCCCCAGUGCAAAGCCCCUGCUUUACGUCUUCUCCUACUCCAGCUGCCUGUGCUCCAAGCAACACCGGGGACCUCCCAAUGUCAUCCACCACUCCAACUUCUCCUUUCACGAUAAUUCCUAAAUUGCACACACCAACAAGGCAGAAGGCUGAAGCUUCCACUUCAUCUCCUAAACAGCUGUCUACUUCCAAGGUGUCCAUUAAGAACUGGGUCACGCGUACUCCAAGGUCGGAUAUGGAUUCUAUGAAGACUCCAUCUCCUCGAAAGGCCUUCACCCCAGUAGAGCAGUACCCCACAGCUUCUAGUUCGAAGGUGUCACCUCUGUAUGAGAAGAAGGCUAAGAGACGCCUGGAUACCAGCAGUGAUCAAGCAGAACACAAGUGUUUUAGUGACUGUAACUGUGUGACAGAGCUGGAACCCAGACUAAAGAAGGCUAAGCUUGACCUUUGCUCUUUGGAGGAGGACAAUGUAAAUGCUGACAGCAGAUGUCUAGGUCUGGCUGAUCUCAGCAAGAAACAUGAAGAGAGGUCUGAUUCCCAACUCUCUAUGGAGGCCCCUGGAGCACAGUCCCUUGUAGGAACAUCCUGUCAUUCGAGAGCCGUACAGCUCAACAAAGAAAACACAACUCCAGAGAAGAAUUGGCUUUCUGCAUUAGGGCACAAACUGAAAUCUGACAAGUCUGUAAACCAAAACCUUACCAGUCGCCAAUCACCAAAGAGUGGGAGUGCCAAAAAGGCCCCAGCAAGGACUAUAAUCAGUUCCCCCACGUCUGUUCCAGUCACGCCAGGAUCCAUAAAAAAGAUUUCAACAUAUUUCCAUAAAAAGUCUUUGGAGUAA